AUGACGAAUAUUUUAACUGCUCAAGAUAAGGUUUUUAGUUUUCUUCGUAAAUUGCAACUUUACCAACGCAGAAUUGAUGUCGAGGACAUUUCAAUGUUCCCAGAACUAACAAUGGUGCUCGACGAAAGAAAUGAAAAAUGUUCAUUCACAGACCAAAUAGCUCUUCACUUAUUAUCAGUAGUAGAUUCAAUCGGUAAAUAUUUUCCAGAUUUAAAAAAUCGUCAAGUAAAUGCUUGGGUGCUAAGACCCUUUUCAGUGGAUGAAAAUGUAUUUCCAGAUACUGAAAUUGAAACCAAAUCACAAUUUUUAGGACUUCGUGAAGACAACACACAGAAAAUAGAUUUUUAUAACACACUACUAGCAACAUUUUGGCGAAAAAUUGGUGGCGAGUAUCCAUUAUUAUCAGAAAAAGCCUUGAAAAUACUGAUCCCUUUUUCCACAACGUACAGGUGUGAAAGUGGAUUUUCAACAAUGGUAACAAUGAAAACAAAAGCAAGAAACCGAUUAAACUUGGAACACGACCUAAGAUGUGCAUUGGCCGAAACUGAAUAG